GAACAAGGCGCAAUGACUUCCUUCUGGAAGCACCUAGCAUGCCUUCUUGUCGGAACUGCCGUCUACCCAGCCAUCUUCCUGGUCUCGGUCGUCAUCCAAUAUUCCCAAACGGUGUUUCCUCCUGGGAUCGAUCAAGCCUUGCAGCUUCGCAUGUGUCAAGUGUGGCUCCUUUCGGGCAUCCUGUUCGGAAUUGUUGCAGAGGCGCUGGGCUUGUCCAGUUUGCCUGAAAUCAUACGGCUGUGGACGAAUACAAUCAGCCUGUUUAAGGAUCCAUCCCUGACCAUUCGGGACCAGGAUUUUGAUGGGGUGCCAGUGAGGAUCUACUCACCCAAAACGGAGCCAAAGGCCAAAGGAAAAGCUGUGCUUUUUUGCCAUGGUGGAGCUGGCAUUGCGGGAAGCAUCGGUAUAGACUUGGGCCGGAGAACCCUUAUCCAGCUCAGUACGAUGACUGUCUGA